AUGGCGGGAUCCAUGGCGGUGGUGUUGCACCAGAGCGAGGAGGCGGAGAGAUCGGAUUCUUCCGUCCCCGGAGAGCGAUGGCAAGUCUCGUUCGCUCGCUUCCUCCAUUUCCCUACUAUUCUCGGUAGCUUGCAUCCUUGUCUUGUUCAAGUGAAGAGGCAUGCCGCCAAUCACGGCACCUGGAUCUCUUCUUCUUCUCCAACUGCUACUCUGCAACUCGUCUACGAUGAUUCCUGCUCCGAUGCCAUUCUCUCCGUCUAUCUCCAAGGAAGAUUAGUUGAAGAGCACUAUGUUUCGAAGCUGUAUUUCUCCUGGCCUCAGGUGUGCUGCGUCAAUGGAUAUCCCUCUAGGGGUACCAGAGCUGUGUUUGCUAGUUUCAAAGACUCUGCUGGGUUGAUCCAGAAAUUCGCUCUGCAGUUCUUAACUACCAGUGAAUCUGAGACAUUCAUCGGUUGUUUAAAGGACAUUCUUGAGGAUCCUCCAUCUGCUGCUCCUGAGCCUCCUCCAACUAGUGACUUCAUGCCAGAAUCUUCAACACACUCUGUAGGUCUGUCAACUGCAAUGCCACUAUCCAGGGAUUGCAUGGAGGAAUCAAGUGCCAUGUCGCCCACCUACACUUAUUCUCCUGAGCUUCCCUUGAACAUAACUAAUGCUGCAGACAAUCCAAUAUUGUCCGAAAACAGUAACGACGCCAGCAGUAACAACAACACCAGUAGUGGUACCUUUAUGCCUCCCAGCUUUACAUCUUUGCUGAGCAACUGCUGCUCUGAGACUAAACAAGCUGCAGGAGACACAAAUGUAGCUGAUGCCGAUGGUGAUCUCAAAUCACAAAUUGCGAAAUACAUGGAAGACUCCUCAUUCCAAGAUAUGUUGUUCAAAGUGGGGAAGGUUAUUGGCGAAAUUGGAUACGACCUCGUUCUUUGA